AUGUCGUUCCGCGAGACAGAUUGUGUACAGUGCCCCAAGACACCUCCUCCGUGUCCAACGUGUGCCGAGGAUGAGUACUGUAUCCAGACCCCGUUGGACUGUCAUAGCUGUCCAUCUAGAUUAUGUGUUAAGAAAAAUCGGACGGACAAAGAUUCAAAUAAAGACAAGGGUGCAAAUUUAGGAGGGAUCGUUGGUGGAGUGGUGGCUGCAGUGGUGGUAGGAGUACUGCUGCUACUAGUUUUGUACUAUUUCAAGUUCUGGAGACAUAGAAAGCGAGGAAGGAGUUCAAGUAACAUUAGCAUAGAUAUUGAUGAUGAAAAGAUUUUAAAGCAGGUAAUAGCAAACGGUUCCCAUGACGGGACAUAUAUUGAAAACAAUAAUGAUAUAUACCAGGCAAGAAACAGAAGCAGCGCUGCCACGGUGAUGACAAGGGCAUCGAAUGUGUUGCCGGUCGCUUAUAUACCUGGUGUAACAGCGGUGGGCAAAAAGACAUCGCGCAGGCGACUGUUCAAUAAUGGUGAUAUACGUUCUCAUAUAACACUAGGCUCCUCAAUAUUGGGAGGAGAUGACGAUGAUAUCGACGAGGGCUCUGAAAUCGCCAGCUACAUAGCUGAUCGGAAUAGCACCGCCGAUAAACCUCCCGCUCUUACAACAGCUAUCAGAGGAAAAGCAAAGCUCGUUCAAAUUACAGAAGAGGACGAAGAUAACCGAAAUGCUGGCGCAGGCAAAACUGGAGCUGGCCGCAGCCUGCCAGGCGACGAUUCACUAAUACGUACGAUAUAUUCUCCAUCGAUAUCGAACCCUAUAGAACUUGACAUUAUCUCAGAUCACAUUGAAAUUGAUUCCGAAGAAAACCAAAAGACAGAUACUAAAGGUUCUUCAGAUGCUGCUAGCAGUAACACAGAUGAUGAAGGUUCUUUCAUACUAGACGUUGAAGUUGCAGAACCAAUUAAACGUUAG